AUUUGUGUUCAUUGUUAGCCUUCACUGUCAAAAUUCUCGCCUGUUAACCAGAGUUCUGCGUUGCCAUUAUCAAGGCUCGUCCAUCCACACGACGUCGCACGCUGAGCUGCAACGUAGCCAGUCCCCGCAACAAUGAGGCUCAUAAACACCGAAACGAUGAAGAUGGAGGAAUUCUUCAACGAAAACGUGCCUCCGUAUGCCAUUCUAUCUCACCGCUGGGGCGCAGAAGAAGUGUCGCUUCAGGAAUGGAAUCGAAUACAAGCCAUAGAGACGAAAAUGGACACACUUUUGCAGAAAGCUGGUUUUGCCAAGAUCAUAUCCUUCAUCGAAGCCACCAAACAAGUCCGUUAUGUGUGGGCGGAUACAUGCUGUAUUGAUAAAACCAACAACGCUGAACUAUCUGAAGCUAUAAACUCCAUGUUUAGAUGGUACCAGGAAGCCGAAAUUUGCUAUGUAUACUUAGCGGAUGUUCCAACCGGCCUCACAGAAAGCGAGCUGGAAGAGCAUAUCUGUGCGAGCAAGUGGUUCGAACGUGGUUGGACGUUUCAAGAGCUUCUGGCUCCCCACGUCGUGAUGUUUUACGACCAAAGAUGGGACUUCUUGUUCGAGAAACGUGAUCGAUGUUCUCUUCUUUCCCGGAUCACUCGCAUUCAUGAUACAUUUCUUUCUGAAUCCCGGAGAAUCGGUGAAGCUUGUACGGCGAUGAAGAUGUCUUGGGCUGCUACUCGGACAACGACACGAGACGAAGACUUAGCGUACUGUUUGCUAGGUAUAUUCGACGUGAGUAUGCCACCACUUUACGGGGAGGGCAAGAAGGCGUUUGUGCGUCUACAGGAAGAGAUUCUACGACAUUCUGGGGACCUCAGUAUCUUCGCUUGGGGGUUGCUUACACUAUUAUAUUAUUAA